GCACGGAGCGAGGCCAUGGAGAGCCGCCCCAGGGCCCCGGGGCCGAGCCCGGGCCGAGCCCGAGCCGCCGCUCCGGGACUGGGCAGCGGGAGGUGGCGGCCGGGGCAGCGCCUGCCGGGGCUGCGGAGCCGAGGGGCGCUCGGGGGUCCCCGCGGUGCCGCGGCCUCGGCCCGUGUGUGCUUUGGCACCGGGGCCAAGGCCGUGGCCGGGCCCGCCGCAGCUGGGGCCCUUCCCGCGCCGCCCCCCGCCGCCCCGUUAAAGCGCCCGCGGGGCAGCGCCUCGGUCCCACCGCGGACCCCGCGCUCCACCACGAUGAUGCUGCAGCUCGUGCUCCUCGCCGCGCUCGCCCUGUGCGGGCGCUGCUCCGAGCUGGAUCUCGAUGGGAUGCAGCGCGUGGUCGGCGGCACCGAGGCGCGCUCGCACGCCUGGCCCUACCAGGUCUCCCUGCAGUAUUACUCCGGGGGCGGCUGGUACCACACGUGCGGGGGCUCCCUCAUCCAGAGGAACUGGGUGAUGACCGCCGCCCACUGCGUCAACAAUAACCUGAACUACCGUGUGGUGGCCGGCGAGCACAACCUCAACGCCAACGAGGGCAGCGAGCAGAUCUUCAGCGUCAGCAAGAUCAUCGUCCAUCCCUACUGGAACAGCAACAACGUGGCCGCCGGCUACGACAUCGCCCUGUUCCGCCUGAACGGCUACGCCUCCCUGAACGGCGCCGUGCAGCUGGCGGUGCUGCCCCAGGAGGGCACCAUCCUGCCCAACAACUACCCCUGCUACAUCACGGGCUGGGGCCUGACCCGCAGCAACGGGCAGCUGUCCAGCGUCCUGCUGCAGGCCUACCUGCCCGUCGUGGACUACCAGACCUGCUCCAGCGCGUCCUACUGGGGCUCCACCGUCAAGAACACCAUGGUGUGCGCCGGCGGCGACGGCGUGCGCUCCGGCUGCCAGGGCGAUUCCGGCGGUCCCCUGCACUGCGCCGUCAAUGGGCAGUACCAGGUGCACGGCGUCACCAGCUUCGUGUCCAGCCAGGGCUGCAACGUCGUCCGCAAACCCACCGUGUUCACCCGCGUCUCCGCCUACGUCUCCUGGAUCAACAGCGUCAUCGCCCAGAACUGAGCGCAGCGGGACCAGCGCUCGCUGCCCCUCGCCCAUGGACAUCCCCUGACUCCCCCCCGCCGCGCUCCGGCCUCCUCGGCCCCGAGCCGGCGGCAAUAAAAUCUCUCCUCCCGUC